AUGCUCCGCCGCGAAAGCACGCACGCACGCACGCACGCACGCACGCACGCACGCACGCACGAUUUGCAGGCCUCGUCGCCCACGGACGACUGGCCUGUGUGCUCAUCCCCAGGAUCGGGAGUGAGGCAUGGAUCAGGUCGAAAGCGGGCGGGCUGGCUUGGAGGUGUGAGACAGAUGACAGCAGCAGAGGUCGAAAAGUCGGCUAGCACGCUGGGCACUCAGGCCGCGGGCUGGCGUGUGGUGGGUGGAUGGAUGUCUUGCAUCAUCCACGGCAGCGCAGGCGAGGAGCAGGGAGGGGGGGAUGCCGGCCAGCCCAUUCCGCGCCCUGCCAGUCUCCUUUCUGCCACGGGCGGCGGCGGUGGUGGUGUGGCAGAGGAGGUGGAGCUGCUUUGCCGUUGUCUCUACCUGGUUACUGCUUGCGCUGGAGGCCGGAGUCAGCUGUUCCCUUCUGUCUCGCGCGAGGUCAACGGCUGGCGUUAUGGAGGCGGAGGUGGUGAACACGAGCGGUGCCCAGCCCAGAUCUUCGAUGCCGUGUCUGGAAGAGGUGGCCGCCGCGGAGAGGGCGCUUCCGUCGCCUGCCAUGCACCAGCCCUACAAUGGCAAACGCAGCGAUUCGCACCGCAUCUGGUGGUACCAUCACGAGACACUGCCGUGUGUCAUCUGCAAUCGCAUCCCCAUCCAUACCACCCUCGCAACACAUCCUCAUCUCCAGCGACUCACACACCCGCGACAUGGCCGUCCGAAAAAGAAGACACCUCUUGUUGUCUCGCCCUCCCGUUGCGAGAUUGUCUGGUAGCGAGGAAAGUCUAUCGUUCACGCCCGCCAGCCGAAUGGCAAGUGGAGCCUGCCGUUUGGCAGACAACAGCAAAACGCCUCUGA